AUGGGUACAAACUGCAUGGCACGAACCACAGUUCAUCACGAUGAAAUCGAUGAUUCUCUUCAUCAUUCAAGCAACAAGCGUAGUGAUUGUACUUGUUUUGAUCUUUGUGCUGCCGAAUGUCGUCGUACUUUUCCUUAUCGACCUUUUGAUUAUGAUGCUUGUCUUAGUGAUAAUUGUGAUCGUUGUUGUCCUGCUGAUUGUUGGCAUGUUUUUUAUUGUGGUUGUUGUAACGGCAAAUAA